GUGUUUCAUUUUUUCGCGUUUUUCCUAUUUUUAUACUGAGUGUCCGAAGCGGGCGUCCCGCGACUCCAUCAUCUCUUCGGAGACGACAGCGCUGUUGAGGAGGGAAAUCCCUCCACGCAUUACUAUACGGCACAUCUGGGGAGACUUGGCCGGUCCGGCUUCCUAGGUUUGGGCGGAACUCGAAAAACGCCCUGGCGACCGUGUUAUGGGCAGCGGGAUCCGUGGAGAAGACAACCUCUAGAUGUUCUCUGCGCGAUUAGCGGAACACUGCCCGAGUCAACAAAUCGAAAAAGCCAUAAGGAAGAACUUACACCUUGACAGAAAAGCAGCAGCCAAUCAGAAUUCGUGCUGCACUGGCAGGGAAUAUUUGAACGCAGCCAAAAUCAGCUGAUCAAUCUAGCUUAACAUGACCUAACCUAACAUACGUGCGUGUUAGGCCCCCAGCGGCCGGUUGAACUCUAUGUUGAUUUUUCGUUGGCGAAAAAAAAUAUCUAUCAAACUACGAGUCUGUUUCGUCGAGUAAGAAUAAACGUCCAACUAAAAGAAACCGUUACUCAUCCAGCUAUGCUUCAACGUAUGUUCACGACGAAUUUCCGCGGAAUAUCGAUAAAUGAUCAGAUUCGAGACAUCGAUGAAAAAGAUGAAUAAAAGCAAACUGUUGCAGCUGCUAUCUCGGCUAUGGAACGGACCUGGCGGUGUACUUGCAAAUAAACAGGCUGAGCAAAAGAUGAUAUCCAUCCUGAGGAAUAGGUUUCCUAAAGCAGUGCUGAUAGAAGUGACCGAUGUGUCUGGAGGAUGCGGUGCAAUGUUCGACAUAAACGUAGUUGCCCCAGAAUUCCGAGGGCUGAACACUGUGAAGCAGCAUCGCAUCAUUAACGAGGCCCUUAAAGAGGAAAUCAAAGAUAUGCACGGCGUUCGAAUACGUACGAGUCUUCCACAACCAUAAACUAUAAUGAUUAGGCUUAUAGAAUUAGUUUCAUAGAAGCGAUACUUAACACACCAGUGUUCUUCACUUGCACUUAAAACCAAAACUGAAGACCCAUGUCAUAUAUUUUAUCACAGGUUGUGUAAAUUUUAUAAGAUGUCAUAAAGAGAAACUUGAAACCUUUA